UUGGACACAACAAUCAUAUCAACGUCUCGCUCGCCGUACGCCUGUGUGCAAACUUAACCUUCGCCAUCACACCCUGUGUUCGACUUGGGACACGAUUGUAGCUAUUGCUGUGCCUAAGGAACGACCGAAUUUUCCACGUCCUCUACUAAAAUUUACUAAGUUAUUCAUACAACGGGCAAUUUCUCCUUCUACGUUUUUUGACUGAAUCAAUCGUUGUUCAUUUCGAUAUUUGCACGUUCAUACACCCACUGAGCAACAUAUAGCUGAUUGACUUAGUAUUGUUGACCAAGAGACUCUAUAUAUUCGCUUGACUAGUCCUUUUUUCUUUUCACGAUGUCGAAUCGCCGUCUGAGUGCCAAUGUCCACAUUGACCUGCAUCCUAUUCGCAGUGAAAUUUUGCUUCCAUUCCAUGAUCGACAAGAGGAAAUGGCUGGUCUAAUGGCCUGCAACGAAUCUUUCUUUAAGGCUGUCGAACAAGCCGUCGGCGACUCGACAUACGCCGAAUUAACCGACAUUUGGCUUCACAAAAAUCGCAACGAGUUGAGUGACGCCGAGCUGCUCAACACCACACGCAGCACUCUGCUUAACGAUACCGUCCGGACGCGUCCCGAAAAUCUCAACAGUGACGAUCAGAUCCGUUUCCGUCUCUGGCGUCAAUUCUGCAGCGUCGUCGGCUACGACGAUCCCACUCCCCUGCCAGUCGCUCAGGAGGACCCGAUGGCGACUGCCCCUACUAGCUAAAAUGCGGGCACUGCCGUCACAUUACGACAUAACGACUAUCAACAACGACUAUUAUUAACUGUUAAGUAUCCGCGAGCUGUAACGAGGGUCCACUAUUUGAUGUAACACGACUAACUAGUUCAUCACUAUCGCAUCGCUAUUGCAGACAACGGGGUCUCGCUGAAGCACACUUUCCGCUCUUUACCGAGAAUGUUCGCGCUCUAAGGAAGGUACCGUUCCCCUCGCUCGCCCUUCCUCCUUCUGCUACGCUCAACCUUUUUAUAUUUUAUAACGAAAAAUAACGAAUUUUAUUAUUCUUCUUUCAUCGAACACGAGCGAGUGCGAACGAAAACAAGCACGCAC